AUGGUUUCAUUCUUCGGUCUCAAAUUCGGAGACAAGAAGAAGAAAUCGGAUGCCAAACCCGCUCAAGGCAAGGAGCCGCACCAGUGGAAACGGAUAGACCAGAAUGCCUUGGGAGAAGGCCAGUUCUUCGGCCAGAACAUCGGCAGGACUGGCGUCACCAAUGGGAGCAUACGUUCCGUGUCGCGCGCCGGCACGGCCCAGCCGGGCGCCAUCAGAUCCCCGUACUUCCAUGAUACCCACAACCUCGCCGCUGCUAGCAUGUUCGACUUGAGUGUAGGACACGCUCGCACAGGCAGUCAAAGGAGCUUUCAGAUCAAGCCUCACGCCUCGGAUGUAAACCUGCGAACGCGGUUCGGCGCCAUGAAUGGCUCCUCGACGAGCCUGGCACUACCCAGGCCGGGAUUUGGAUCCAGACCAGGCACCCCCAACAGGGCCAAACCAUGGGUCAAUCCCUUGGAUGUCCAUUUCAUGAGGCCUGCUACACCAGGCGGCCCGGCAACCCCAAGAUCCCCACUUGCCCAUUCUCCGAUGCAACUCCCCCAGACACCUACCGAGACCGCGGAAACGGGGUCAGUGUUUGGUGAGGAUGCCGACGAGAUGGUAGAUGCCAUGAUGGCCGCUGUCAAGAAGCGGGAGCAACAGGAGAAGGAAGCAAAGGAGAGGGAGAAGGAGCUGGAGAAGCAGAGGGAAACAGCCAGGUUAGAACUGGAAAGGCUAGAGAGGCAGAAGUCGAGCGAGAGUAUCCUGGCAAAGAAGCCCCAGCUUCAAGAGCGGCAAACAGAGCUGCGGCAAAAGCCUCUCGGCGGACCGGAUGCGGAGAGGCCCGUGUCUGGAGGCAAGCUUGAUCGGAGACCUGGCAGCCGCAACGGGCCGGGCGGGACGAAUGGUCCGAUUAGCCAAGCACGGUCUCCUGCUCUCCACCAAGGCCCCCCUCCAACAGGACCUCCUACACAAUGUCUUCCUCAGCCUCCAGGUCAGGGAGCACCGCGUCUAGGACCUCUCGAUGCCCACACAGACUCCCACAGUGCGCGCAGCCCUGUAACGGUUGAAACGGACCUAACGGACCUCGGACCGGAACCGGGGCCUGUUGUCCGAUUGAACAGCUGCAACCCUCAGGUUUGCCGACCUUAUCGUCCUCCUGGCUAUGGAGAGCCUGAAGGUCGUCCCAGUGGUAUAGAUCCUCCUGCUGCUCUUGACACUGAUGUCCAACGUGCCCCUUUUCGAGGCGCCGGUCCUCGUGAUCCUAACCACCAUGGCCCCGGGUCUGUCGAGAUCCCUCCUCAUGGCGUCCGGUCCCAGAGAGCGGUUGCUCUCCCCAGCGCUUUACCACGUGCCUUCGGUGCGGGUGAGGGCCGAUCACAAAGCCCCAGACCCAACAUCUCUGACUUGGCACGGAAUAGGACACGGAGCCCCGCGCUUGGCGGUUCCGAUUCCGAUGGGUAUCCCUCUUCCGGCUUCAGCCCGGAUCCCAAACCUUCUGCCAGCGGGCGAGACACACCAGCCCCAGACCAGCAGAAAAUGGAGUUUCUCAUCUCCACUCUGGCAUCCCCUUCUGGCUCAGUGUCGAGAUCGUCGAUCGAUGAGGAGCCAAUGGAGUUUGCGCGGCCCAUCAUACGGGACGUUGCUGCUAAGCGCGAUACAUUACUCACUUUGAAUGCGCCUCGACAACAACAUAGCCUGUCAAUGAGAAUCGACGAGCUGGAGAAGACGCUCACCAGACAACAAGCACACACUGCGCAGGUGGAGACCAUCGAUAGAGCUAGCACCAGCAGCAGCCUCUAUAGCGACGGCGUCGGGGACGACGAAGAGGAUGAUGACGGACCGAUACUCUCGAUUCAGCCAGCGCCGCUCCGCAUCCCCCCUAGUCUCGCACCUGCACAGGCAGCUCGACCGCAGAGCCCCAUGAUGGGCCCACCCCGGCGCGGAGUCGGACCCGUCCCACGGCGCCCGGCAUUAGAGGAGUAUGGAAUCCCGGCUCGUCAACUUGCUUCCAAACCACGUGGUGGUACGCCAGUUCCGGCUUCGGCCAGCAGUAGCGUAGACAACUACGGCUCCCCGCCUACUCGCUCCAAUACGCCUCAGUUCCGUCAUCCUAACUGGCAGCGCGAGGCGACCCAACUGAGUCCUGCUUCGACGCUCGACACUGCUGACCGACCUCGUCCCAGCCCCGUCGUGGACACCGGUUUUAACUUUGACUUUGGCCCGGGCGUUGCCGGCCCGCCCACUCCGGACUCAACCUCAUGGCCGUUAUCCUCGCCGACAAUCGAGAUGAACCCAACGGCCGCCCUGCCCCCCUCUGACCCGCCGCAACCACAGAGCCCGGGACCUGUCCAGGGGAAGUUUACCCGGUCCAAGGUCCCACCUCCGCUUAAUCUCAAGUUCAACUUCUCUCCGGAUGCGCCGUCACGGGAUGGGGCUUCGGCCAUGUGGACACCACCGCUGCGGUCAGCUCCCGUCGGGGCGUCGGCGUUUGACACGCGGCCGGCGACAUCGGCUGGCCCCGGUCCGUCUAGGCUGGCUGCUUCGCCUCGGCUGGUCUCACAGUUCCCGGGGCCCGUACCGAGGGAUGACGAUCCUGCCGCUGUCAUGGGCAUUGGAAUGGCCCGGGGCCCCAGUAUCCGUGAGGUACGCAGGCCGGGCACUGCGAACGGCAGGGGGAUGGUCGACGCUUUUGGGCAUGAGUUUAUCUGA